ACCGUUCGAGGAUCGAGCGCAACAAUGGCCGGCGAGGUAGUUCUGUUGGAUACAUGGGCGAGCAUGUUUGGAAUGAGGGUUAGGAUCGCACUGGCAGAGAAAGGUGUGAAUUAUGAGUAUAAGGAAGAGAAUAUGAGGGACAAGAGCCCUCUGCUUCUGCAAAUGAAUCCGAUUCACAAGAAAAUCCCAGUUCUAAUCCACAACGGCAAACCCGUCUGCGAAUCUGCCAUUAUUGUGCAGUACAUCGACGAGGUGUGGAAGGAAAAAUCUCCUCUUUUGCCUUCAGAUCCAUACGAGCGAGCUCAAGCCAGAUUCUGGGUUGAUUUCAUUGACAAAAAGGUGUAUGAGACAAUGGGGAAAUUGUGGCUUUCAAAAGGAGAAGAGCACGAGGCAGCAAAGAAAGAGCUGCUAGACAUAUUUAAGCUUCUCGAAGGAACACUUGGGGACAAGCCCUUUUACGGGGGUGACUCAUUUGGGUUUCUUGAUGUUGGUUUGAUUCCAUUUUCUUGCUGGUUUUACGGCUUUGAGAUUCAUGGCCACUUCAAGAUGGAAACAGAGUGCCCUAAACUCAUGGCCUGGGUGAAGAGGUGCGUUCAGAGCAGAGAGAGUGUGUCCAAGACUCUUCCUGAUGAGAAGAAGGUCCAUGAAUAUACCUUGGCCGUAACCAAGGUGACGACUGGAGCUUGAAUGAAUAAAAAGCACUUUGUGAAUGGGCUAAUAUGACAGGUUAGCCUUGGAUUAUCAAGUUUAUAACUGUUUUGGUUUGAUCUAUA